CCUCGGAGAGGCGGGAGGAGGAUCGGGUCGAGAGGGGAGCAGACGAGGCUGAGAUCCCGCGGCGCGCUCUCGUAACAUCGGGGGUCCCGGAAAAUGGAGUACAUGGCGGAGGCCGCCGAGCGCAGCCCCGGACACAUCUUGUGCUGCGAGUGUGGUGUCCCAAUUAGUCCAAAUCCUGCCAAUAUUUGUGUGGCCUGUUUGCGAAGUAAAGUAGACAUCAGCCAAGGCAUCCCAAAGCAAGUCUCUGUGUCUUUCUGCAAACAAUGCCAAAGAUAUUUCCAGCCACCAGGAACUUGGAUACAAUGUGCGUUAGAAUCCAGGGAACUUCUUGCUUUGUGUUUGAAAAAAAUCAAAGCUCCUCUGAGCAAGGUACGGCUUGUAGAUGCUGCCUUUGUUUGGACUGAGCCCCAUUCUAAGAGACUUAAAGUUAAACUAACUAUUCAGAAAGAGGUGAUGAAUGGUGCUAUCCUUCAGCAAGUGUUUGUGGUGGAUUAUGUUGUUCAGCCCCAAAUGUGUGGAGAUUGCCAUAGAGUAGAAGCUAAGGAUUUCUGGAAGACUGUGGUUCAAGUCCGGCAAAAGACUUUGCACAAAAAAACUUUCUACUAUCUGGAACAGUUGAUUUUGAAAUAUGGAAUGCAUCAGAAUACACUUCGUAUCAAAGAGAUUCAUGAUGGUCUGGAUUUCUAUUAUUCCUCAAAACAACAUGCUCAGAAGAUGGUAGAAUUUCUUCAAUGUACGGUUCCCUGUAGAUACAAAGCCUCACAGAGACUGAUCUCUCAGGAUAUCCAUAGUAACACAUACAAUUACAAAAGCACUUUUUCUGUGGAAAUUGUUCCAAUAUGCAAGGAUAAUGUUGUUUGUCUGUCUCCAAAACUGGCACAAAGUCUGGGAAACAUGAACCAGAUUUGUGUGUGUAUUCGAGUAACCAGUGCCAUCCAUCUCAUAGAUCCAAAUACCCUACAAGUUGCAGAUAUUGAUGGCAGUACUUUCUGGAGUCAGCCUUUCAAUAGUUUAUGCCAUCCCAAACAGCUAGAAGAGUUUAUUGUGAUGGAUUGCAGCAUAGUUCGAGAUCUAAAACGCAGUGCAGGUGCUGGAAUGAUAUCAAAAAAGCAUACCCUCGGGGAAGUCUGGGUCCAGAAAACGUCUGAAAUGAAUACAGAUAAACAGUACUUUUGUCGUACUCAUUUGGGACAUCUUCUGAAUCCUGGAGACCUGGUGUUGGGGUUUGAUUUAGCCAACUGUAACUUGAAUGAUGAGCAUGUCAACAAAAUGAACUCGGAUAGAGUCCCAGAUGUGGUGUUAAUUAAGAAAAGCUAUGACCGUACCAAACGUCAGCGACGUAGAAACUGGAAACUGAAGGAGCUUCCAAGAGAGAGAGAAAAUAUGGAUACAGAUGAUGAAAGGCAAUACCAAGAUUUCCUUGAAGAUCUUGAAGAAGAUGAGGCAAUUAGAAAAAAUGUAAACGUAUACAGAGAUUCAACCAUCCCGGUAGAAAGUGACACAGAUGAUGAAGGAGCGCCUCGAAUUAGUCUGGCUGAGAUGCUUGAAGACCUUCACAUUUCCCAAGAUGCUACUGGUGAAGAAGGUGACUCGAUGAUGACAUAAUGAGAUCGUGUUGUAGACGGUUUCCACAUCUGUAGGGUUGGGAUAUUGAACAAAAUAACUUAUUGUCUAUCCCAUCUAUGUCUCUAUGUUAAAAGAGGAGAAAUCUAGUUUUAAACCUAAAUAAAUGACUAUUCUGAUAUCUCACUCAGAAAACUGAAAAAGAUAGAUGGCUUUGAAGUUUUAGAUAACGAUAGAUUAUGGAGAAUGUAAUUAUCGAUAUUUAGGCCAUUUUAUGUUUUGAAUAUUAGUGGUUCACUUUAUAUGAGAUACCAGUAUUUUCACAUACUGUAGUGCUGGAUUUAAAAGCUCAAAAGUUGUGAUUUCUUGGAGGUUACCUAAAUUUUCAAACAUAAAGCAAGCUUUUAUGUUCUUUUUAUAUUGAUUGCUUUAGUGAAAGAAAGAAAGAGUUAUUUUUAAUUUGAACUUGCUAUGCACUUUGCUCCACGUUAGAUCAUUUUUUAUGUCCUUGGGGCAGGGAAGUUGGGGUUCAUUUUAUCACUGGACAUUCAAGUGGAAAGUUAAUCUUUUUUAUUCAUAAUAUUAACAUCUUUAAAAGCUGAUAAACUGUUAAUUUUUAUUACAGAAGAAAAUAUAUUUAAAAUAUUUAUGGAUUUGUAGCAAACAUAGACUAAUUAUUUAAAGGUUAAAUAACAAUUUGUGCCUUUGUUAUUUUUGUCUGUGCCAGCAGCUUAGGACAGUAGCUGCUUAUGUCAUAAAAAUGUCUUGCUAUCACUUCAAGGAUUUUGCUUUUAAAAUUUUGAUUUACAAAUUGAGGAGGAAGGAAUUUUCUCUAUUUAUUUGUAUCAUUGAACAUGUCACUAUCAAGAAGAAUAUUAAAAUCCAGCAUAUAAGAUGAUGAAGUAAUAAAAAUCAUCUUCAUUCUUCAUAAAAUUAUGAAUCAAAUUUGAAUGAGGAAUGAGUUCCACAUCCUUGAAAGAAAAACCUUGGCUUGAGUUUUAGAGUUUUUUGAGAGUGAAGUAUUAAGAUCCUAUUUCUAUAAGCAAGGUCAGACUUACUAAAUAUUCCAUAACUAAGCUAAUUCAUAAAUUCUGUGUUUACCACUAAAUAAUAUUAAGAUUGAACUUCUCAAUUCUGAAGUUAGGAAUAAAGGCCUGAACUUUCCACAGUGGCUCCUUUUCUGUCUGCAUCUUUGGUUAAAGUUUUCACUUGUGGUCUGUGUUUACCUCUUCUAUGUCAAGAUGUUAAGAAGCAUGAAAAAUAAAAACAUUCCCCCCCUUUU